CGAAUUAAGAGGCAGCAAAUGGGGCGGGACAAGAGAUGCCACAGUAGGUAGGCCGGAGCCAUCUCCGUAAGGUGAAGCGUUCUUUUUUUGUCCCUCUCCUUUUCUCCUUCCUCUCCCCCUCUCCUAUAGAUCCAUCCUUCUCUCCUUUUCCUCCCCAAACUCUAAACCCAGAUCCCGUUCCCAAGAGAAGGGGAAGAAGGAGUGGAGAGAGAAUUCGAUCGCCAAGGGGGGAAUGGCAGACAGAGUGUAUCCUUCCUCCAAGCCCAACCUCCAACGUCCCCGGGCCGUCAACACUGGCGGAGGGCCGCCGUCGUUCCCCGCCACCAAGGCCCAGGCGUAUGGCGCCAACCGCCCGUCCUACCGCCCCCAGCCAAUGAAGCCCCGCCGCCGGAGCCGCCGUGGCUGCUGCUGCGCCUGCUGCCUCUGGCUCGCCCUCAUCCUCAUCGCCCUCGUCCUCCUCGCCGCCAUCGCCGGCGGCGUCUUCUACGUACUCUACCGCCCCCGCCGCCCCGAUUUCACCGUCACCUCCCUCCGCCUUGCCGCCCUCAACGUCACUGCCUCCAACCAUCUCGCCUCCCGCCUCGACCUCUCCGUGACCGCCCGCAACCCCAACAAGAAGCUCGUCUACCUCUACGACCCCAUCUCCAUAUCCGUCUCCUCCGGCGGUGUCGACGUCGGCGACGGGUCGUUCCCGGCGUUCGUCCACGACACCAAGAACACCACCAUUCUCAGGACGACGGUGUCGACCUCCGGCGAGAGCGUGGACGCGUCGGCGGCGGCGGAUCUGAAGAAAAAGAGCAAGCUCCCGCUGGAGAUCGAUCUGGAGACGAAGGCUGGGGUGAAGAUCGGUGGACUCAAGACUAAAAAGAUGUGGAUCAAGGUUCACUGCGUGGGGAUCGACGUCGCCGCGCCCAAGGGGAAGACCGCCCCGUCUCCGUCUCACCCUGACGCCACGUGCCAGGUCAGGCUCAGGUUCAAGAUCUGGAAGUGGACUUUCUAGAAGAAAGUCAUUCCGCAAGAGAAAAAACGCAGGAAAAACGCUUCGAAAAUUGGGGGGGCAGACUGCAGAGGGAGUGCUACUGGUGUGUAAAUUUAGGGGAAUUAGGGUUUUUAAAAAAGUAUGAUAGUUCCCUUUGUUUUGUCAUUAUUGGGAUAUUAUUCUUUUUCUCGUAUUCUGAUUGAGAUGAAAUUUUCUUUCCUUCAUUUCUGUGUAUUCGUUGUGGAUUGCUGUUAAGAUUUCUGUAAUAAUAAUGAACCCUUUCUUUCUUUUGGCA